AAAUUGAGCAAACAACAUUGCAUACACUGUACUCAACAAAUUCAAUAAACACGACAAACUUCAGGCUCUUUGUUGGAAAAGAGGGAAAACCACGCAAAACUGCAUAGUGCACAACGAAAUACCGAUAUACGUCGUAUAGGAAGUGCUAUAAACGACGAAAAGUUUAUUAUAAUGGCUAAUGCUCACAGUCCAACUCGCUUUAAUGGAGAGGCCGACCAUUUUUUUGAUCCCAAUUUCACUAUUGACAUAAAUAAUAAAAUGAGAGUACCAAAGAGCAUUAGAGUUAGCGGUGAUUAUACCGAUGAAGAUGUUAUCGGAACAAACGGUUCUGCUUGGAAUAUUAUGUCUGAAAAAUAUGAAAUGCAUGUACCAGACAGAAUUAUUGUUAUUGGUCAAGAGCAACACAUUGGCACAAAAGCACCUCCAAGAGAAAUAACAUUGGAGAAUGCUGUUUUGCAUAAUGAGCCUCCUAUAAGAUGCAGCACUCCACCACAAAUAUUAACAUUAGAUGCUCAUUAUUUUCCUAUCAUUGGUGAUGACCUUAAACAAAAUGGUACAGAUUUGGAAGUAGUUAAUGCUAAACCCGAUAAUUAUUUUAACAAUGAAACACAAUCUAUUGACAGACAUGGCAGAGAGCAGACACCGGGAUAUGGAAGCUUAGAUAAUUCUUUAGCUCCGGUUGAAGAAAUACAUCAUUUGAGGCGUCAGGUUGGAAAAUUAAAUCGACAAGUAAUGGCUAUCGAAUCAGAAAUACAGCAACAGCAACAAAGAAUGAAAUUAAUUUAUAGUAUAACUGCAAUAUAUUUUUUCUUUAAAACAAUUGUUAGGUGGUACAUUAAUGAAAUGCCAAACCUCAAAUUGACUGCCAUGUUACCAGAAACUUAA